AUUAAUGAUGAGUGACAUCAACACUUGUUAAUGAUCAGGCAAAUACCACUGCAAGGUCACUGGGUUCAGGUGUCACCUGCAGUUUAUAUUAGGGGUAACCUGGGAUACUAACAUGUCUCACUCAAAAAUGUCUAAAGACAGCACUGUGGGACUCAACUCAGGAGUGGUGACCGCACUCUACCCAAGUCAUCAACUUCUUCAUUCCCCAGCUUUAUACAAAAGUAUCUGCAAAGCAACUUCAUCAAAUGAAGUAAAUAAUGACAAAUAACUAAGGGGGUGGAAGGAUGAGGGACAAGGUAAGAACAGGUUUGGGAGGCUAGACGGUCCUUAGGGAGAUGCACAGCGCAAAUAAAACACCUUGGCACACACCCAGGUGUACAAAGUGAGGCCAGGGAAGAAACCCGUCAUCUAUCCAGGCAGAAAGGUCUCUUGGAGAUCUGAAUUUUGUCCGGUCCCCCCGCCCCCAAAGGCAUCCAGCUCUGAGUCCAGAAUUUCCCUGAGUUAUGCCCCCAAAACCCGGAAAACUGGGUAUAACUGGAAAAGGAGCGACAUAAAGAAAGGAAGAGUCUUGGCCCCAGGGAAGCCCCUUCCUCACCCAGUCUUCACACAUUUGAUCAUGGCUCUCCCCCAGGAGGAUCCCUCGCUGGAGAGGCAUUUUAAGGGCCACCGAGAUGCAGUUACCUGUGUGGACUUCAGUCUCAACAUGAAACAGCUGGCCAGUGGCUCCAUGGACUCGUGCCUCAUGGUCUGGCACAUGAAGCCCCAGUCACGUGCCUACCGCUUCACGGGCCACAAGGAUGCCGUCACCUGUGUGAACUUCUCCCCUUCGGGACACCUUCUUGCUUCAGGCUCCCGAGACAAGACUGUCCGCAUCUGGGUACCCAACGUCAAAGGCGAGUCAACUGUGUUUCGUGCACACACAGCCACAGUGAGGAGUGUUCACUUCUGCAGUGAUGGCCAAUCCCUUGUGACAGCCUCUGAUGACAAGACAAUCAAGGUGUGGUCAACUCAUCGCCAGAAAUUCCUGUUCUCCCUGAGCCAGCAUAUCAACUGGGUCCGCUGUGCCAAGUUUUCCCCUGAUGGGCGGCUGAUCGUCUCUGCCAGUGAUGACAAGACUGUCAAGCUGUGGGAUAGGAACAGCCGGGAGUGUGUCUACUCAUACUGUGAGCAUGGCGGUUUUGUUACCUAUGUGGACUUUCAUCCCAGUGGUACAUGCAUCGCUGCUGCCGGAAUGGACAACACAGUGAAGGUGUGGGACGUGCGGACUCACCGGCUCUUGCAGCAUUAUCAGUUGCACAGUGCAGCAGUGAAUGCCCUCUCUUUCCACCCAUCGGGAAACUACUUGAUCACAGCCUCCAGUGACUCAACCCUGAAGAUCCUGGACCUGAUGGAGGGCCGGCUACUCUAUACACUCCACGGGCAUCAGGGACCAGCCACCACUGUUGCCUUUUCAAGAACAGGGGAGUAUUUUGCUUCUGGAGGCUCUGAUGAACAAGUGAUGGUUUGGAAGAGUAACUUUGAUAUUGAUUAUGGAGAAGUCCUAAAAGUGCAGAGACCCCCAGCCACACUGGCCAGCUCUGCCGGAAAUCUGCCAGCAGUAAAUUUCCCCAUGUCACCAGGCAGAGGCAAGAGUCUGGAGUCGGUGCAGAGCCAGCCCCAGGAGCCCAUCAGCAUGCCCCAGACACUGACUAGCACACUGGAGCACAUCGUGGGCCAGCUGGAUGUCCUCACCCAGACAGUCUCCAUCCUGGAGCAGCGGUUGACACUGACAGAAGACAAGCUGAAGCAGUGUCUGGAGAACCAGCAGCUAAUCAUGCAGAGAACAACACCAUGAUCGGGGGAACAAGAAUCAGGAGCUCGGUCGAUUUUGCGGGGGGUGGUAGUAGGCCAGGGAUUUGUACUGUGGACUUGGGUAAAGAAAUAAAGGGGAUUCAACUUUAUUCAACUGUGAGAAUCACAUCCAUACCAGACCCCCUUCCCCAAUAUUAUGGAUUUCUGAGUUCUGCCUCCACCUUCCUGUUUGCACCAGGAGGCUCCACCUGGCAGCCAGACAUCCCCAGCAGACAGGGCCCACACCAAAAGGAUGCUUAAAACCUGACUACCAGGACCACAUUUCAUUUU